GCUGGCUCGUGCUUUCUGCGCGGGGCAUCCCCGGCCUCCUGUCUCCGCUGGCCGGACGGGCGAUGGCGAACGUGGCCAAGAUGGUGUCGUGGUCCGGCCGGGAGGGCGAGGCGGAGGGCCAAGGCGAGGCCACGCCGCUGCUCAACGGCACGGGCGGAGGGGCCGCCGCCCCGCCCCGCCAGGUGAGCGCCGAGCCGGGGAGCCUCCAGCAGCAGGCGAAGUCUACUUUCCUGCUGCCCCGGGACGUUAUUGUUGUAAAACUCUGCUCGUCCGCCUGACAGAUGUGAAAGGAAGACUGGAGUCGGCCUCCCCAAGGGCUCGAUUGGUGGGGGUGGGAGGGGCGGUGUUCCUGAGCAUGUCCAGAGUGCCUUUCCGGAAUGAAGAAUUGAAAGGCUCGCCUCCAGGCCGGGGAGUUGUUUCAGUAGCUGUUGAGUCCAGGAGCCCCUUCUGCAGGGCAGUCAUCCCCCUCUGUGGCUGCCUCUGGACUGGCCAGGGGUGUGUGUGUGUGUGCUGCCUGCCUGUGUCUGCCUGCUUGUGUGUGUGUGACUGGCCGCUGCCUCUACUAGAGGCAGGCUGCUUGGUUGAAAGGGGCCUCUGGCCUGAUCCAUCUGGACCCGAACACUGCUGAGGGGUGGGGUGGGGAUGGAGUCUGUCUGUAUUAUUCCUGCAUUGCAGGGGGUUGGACUAGAUGACCCUUGGGGUCCCUUCCAACCGUAAAAUCCUACGACACGAGCAAAGGGGCAGCCCGUGUCACCUGCUCUUUCGUGGCUUCGUUGUCACCUUUGCUUGGACCCAGGGUGCAUUCUCAGUUCCAUGGCACAGCUGUGACACGCAUGACAUCUCGGGUGCCUUGUCAUCUCGGGUGAGGGGGCAGCAUAUAAACAUUCUGAAUACACAAAUAAGUAAAAGCAAGUAUAACGCGUGCUCUGAGCAUGUGCAAAGUGCUUCCCCCUCACACGUCAGGGGAAACGGGUGGCCACUUUGCAGGUCUUGUGUGCAGGGCUCCCUGAUAAAAGGCAACCAGCGCAUGUGUGGGGUUUGGUAAUGAAUUUGAGCGGGGUCUGCAGCCUCCACAUUCAGGUGCAUCCGAGGCUGGUGAGUCUGGUUCCUGGAUUUGCGCUUUCUUUCGUCCUGGCCCAGCUUGGCUCUAGCCUGACCUAGACGAGCAUCCUUUUCCCCAGUUACAGAUUCCCCAGGUGGUUUCAGAGGUGAGUUAUAAGUGUACUGUUUGCUGGUCUAUAGGGAAGGGGCUCUAAGCUCAGUGGUUAGAGCAUCUGCUUUGCAUGCAGAAGGUCUCACGUUCAACGUCUGGCAUCCAGGUAGGGCUGGGUUUUGCCUGUCGAAAAACCCAGAGUUCCAGUUGGUGCAGAUAGGCAGACCCAUGCUCAGAUUCAGUAUAAAACAAUGACCUAUGUGCUUACUUAAUUUAGACCAUUAUUCCGAAGCAUGAAGACUGGACUGUUACGUUAAAGUUAUGGCAGUGACCAUCACUUGUCUGAAACUGGAUGGGCUAUUGGUCUGGCCACAAUUUUGCCUGCUUCUUGUGUUCGUUUGUUUAUUGCAUUUAACAACCAGCUCAAGACAGCAUACUUUACUUUCCCCACCUCCUCAUUUAUACAAUCCUGUGAGCCAGGGGUGUAGCCAGGAUUUAAGUUUGGGGUUGGGGCAGGACACCCAAAUCACCCUAUUCCUGGCUGUGUCUAGCAAAAUCAGAAGGAAAUGUCUCGACAGCAGUGGUUUCAAAUUAUUUUCUUUUGACUCCGAUUGUUCAGAAAAAUCUGUCAAAAUCUUUCUGCAGUUUCUCUUUGAGUAUUUUUAUUUAUUUACUUGAUUUGGGGGGGCAGCCCUCCCCUGUCCCCCCUGACUACACCUAUCCUGUGAGCUACAUUAGGUUGACCCAGGGAGCUCUGGACACAAUACUGCUCCUAAGAUUUCAGAUUAAAACUGCAGACUGGAAGGAAAGGAGGACCUUUUUCUGCCUCUCCACUUCUAGCUACUCUCUGAAAACCGGAGAAGAAUAUUAGGGGAGUGAGCAGGGGAAGGAAGGACUAGACCAUGUGAAAAAUGAACAUAAUAUUUUAGCUGCAGUUCAUUCAUUUUCAGCUUUGUACAGUACAGUGGUACCUCGCAAGACGAAUGCCUCGCAAGACGAAAAACUCGCAAAAUGAAAGGGUUUUUGGUUUUUUGAGUUGCUUCGCAAGACGAUUUUCCCUAUGGGCUUGCUUCGCAAGACGGAAACGUCUUGCAAGUUUGUUUCCUUUUUCUUAAAACCGUUAAUACAGUUGCGACUUGACUUCGAGGAGCAACUCAUAGCAUGCGGUGUGGUAGCCUUUUUUGAGGUUUUUGAAGACUUUGGUGAUUUUUGAAGCUUUUCCAAAACUUUUCCAACACCGUGCUUCGCAAGACGAAAAAAACCGCAAGAUGAAAAAACUCGUGGAACGAAUUAAUUUCGUCCUGCGAGGCACCACUGUAUUCUUGUUAUUAAAAUAGUGUGCCUAGACAUUCUGUUGUUGUGCCCGUAACCUAGGUUUAAGGUGUCAUUUAGCUCCUAGCUUUCAUAUCUCAGUUUCUAACACUGAUAGAUAGUGACCUUUUCUCAGCACCAAUCAUCAGCUGGGUCCUGGGGACUGAAUAGUUCUGGUCUCAAAGCGCCCAAAGCCCUAGCAAUUAGCUGAUGGACAGUUUUGCAAAAGUCGGGCAUUUCCCCAUUUCAGGCUCCCAGCUAGGGAGUUGUGUCUCUGCAAGUUGUAAUAACCACCCUCUUGUUUCAACCCAUUCAGAGUUUUGAAGGAGCAGCUCCCAGCUUCCCCUGAGUGUUGACAUUAUAAACAUGGAGACUUUACACUCAACAAUUGAUUUGAUCGUUCCCAGUCUUGCUAUGAGUGCAAAGCAGUUGUCUCGGUCCUUUUGGAGUCUCAUGAGGUCAAGCUGGCAGCGGUGUGGUUAAAUAUAUGAAACACUGUGAUUUACCCCCCUAGCUAAAAUACAUUCCCUUCUUAACCAAGUCAAAGUGUUGCAUUAUAUUUUGGAAUGUCACAUGUUGGCAGUCAGGCUUCACGUGCCUUACCUCGAAAGAGGAAAUUUCCCACAAUAAAUGUGUUGUUUCUUUGGCCUUCUGAGACUGUUUUUAUCUCUGCAAAUCUGUUUUUUUCUGAAAUAUUUACAACAACAAAAUUGUUGUCAGCUGCUUUUGGAAGACUAUGGCAGGAAAAAAGCAGCACGUACAUAUGUUAGUAUUAUUCCUGCUGCUCAGGAAUUCCCUUUUCCCCCUAAGUGAGCUUGACAGAGUGCUUACUUCUACCUCUGAGAUCUUGAAUGAUCAGAACUAAAAGCUCCAGCAUCAGGGAAUCUAUCAUAAAAGGCCUGGAUGAAGAACACUGCCUUAGAACUCCUUGAUUGUGAACAGUUUGCACAUCAUUUUGCUUGCUUGGCAGUUUGCCAGCCCACUUAAUAAAUUAAGAAUUGAGGAGGAAUCGCUCUCGGAACAGACUGUCGCACGGCCUAAAUAUGGGGAUUAUGGUUGCACAUCUCUGCAUCCCAAAUUGAGCUUUGGGGCCUCUGCCCCUCCACCCCAAUCGUACAGCUCCAAGACCAGGAGAUUGUCUUGUUCCAGAUGUGCCCCUCUGCCCCAAAGCUUUGCUAUUGUUUGAGUUUCUUCCUGGCUGCUCAGGAAGUUCUCUAGGCAGUGUUCCCCAACCUUGGGCCUCCAGCUGUUUUUGGACUACAACUCCCAUCAUCCCUCGCUAGCAAGACCAGUGGUCAAGGAUGAUGGGAGUUGUAGUCCAAAAACAGCUGGAGGCCCAAGGUUGGGGAACACUGCUCUAGGGAACUGGGAGCCAAGUCCAUCCAUUUUAGGAUGCCGCGUUUGACUUGGAAAGGUGAAAUGCUUUCUCUCUGUGUGUCUAUAUAAGCAGAUGCUGGGAAUUGUGAUGGUUUGUGCUCCCUUGAAUUCUUUUGUUUCCCAAGCGCUCUGAUGCUGUGCAGAGCAGUUAUCAGCCAGCAUUUUAAAAUUUCUUUAACCCCCUUUUUAAGCUUGAAGUGAACUGAGUGACCCAUGACCAAGAACUGGAAAUUCAGCGCCUCUCAUUCAAGUUCUUGCCUUUCAGACUAGCAAGCUGUGACUUGCUGAUGUUGACUCCUUUCCAGUUGACAUAGAUCGUUGCUUUUUCAUUUUAUUUCUUAAAAAUUAUAUACUGCUUGAUUGUAAUAAAACCUCAAAGCGGUUGACAAAAAGACUUCCGUGGGCUUUGUUUUCGUUGCAUAAGGAGAAGGAUUAUCUGAAUUAUGAUGUCUUAAAUUCCUUCAGCAUUACAUGUUUUGUUUUUUCCUUCUGUUUUUUUUCCUUCUAAAAUUAUUUCAAUGCCCCUCCCUUGAGUUUCAUAACAUCCAGGUUGACGCACAGUUAAUAUAUAAAAGGACAACAGCACAAAGUGGUGCAGUCCUACUCUGAGUAGACCCAUUGGAAUGGAUAGAAUAAAUGAGUCAUGUCUGUUAAUUUCAAGGGUUCUAACAUUGGAUAGAAGCCACAGACUGAGGGAGGGGUUGAAAAUCAGUGUUCUAAAUAAGCCAGGCGCUAGGCACAUUUUGCACUUAGCUAUUGGCCACUUGGACACAGGUGGCGCUGUGGUCUAAACAACAGGGCCUAGGGCUUGCCAAUCAGAAGGUUGGCGGUUCGAAUCCCUGCGACGGGGUAAGCUCCCUUUGAUUGGUCCCUGCUCCUGCCAACCUAGCAGUUUGAAAGCAUGUCAAAGUGCUAGUAGAUAAAUAGGUACCACUCCGGCGGGAAGGUAAACGGCGUUUCCAUGCGCUGCUCUGGUUCGCCAGAAGUGGCUUAGUCAUGCUGGACACAUGACCUGGAAGCUGUCUGCAGACAAAUGCUGGCUCCCUCAGCCUGUAAAGCGAGAUGAGCGCCGCAACCCCAGAGUCGCUUGUGACUGGACUUAACUGUCAGGCGUCCCUUUACCUUUUAAUCAGCCAGUUGCAACCAAGUGAAGAUGCCUGGGCGCAAGUAUGGCACCUGACAUCUCUGUAAUCUAGAGGUGCAUGCCUUGGGAUCGUUGGAUCUGGACUGUUUUCACACACUAGCAGCACAUCCUGUAGAAUUUUAUCUGUACAAUCAGAAUACAUUUCUGGAACCAAAAUGCUUUUUCUGAGCAGAAGCAGUCACCAUUAAGAAAAAUAGGCUAGAAUGGGCCAAUAUAUAUGUGCACUGCCCCUGGAUAAAGUGACUUUUAUUCUUUAAGUUCUCAGUGUUCUUACCCUAGCUCAAGGUUGUCAUCUGAACUAGCCAGAUGUUUAACUGAACACACACACACAUGUAUGUAUGUACACACACAAACAUAUAUUCACAGGACCAACCCUCUUCAUAUUUAUUUAAUGCAAUUUAUACACUGCUUAACUGUAAACAAAAACCUCAGAGUGGUUUACGAAAAAGAUAAUAAACCUAUCAACAAUUUUCUUGUCCUUGCAGUUCAUUUAGAUUCUUUUUAAUAUUGAUUUUUAAAACUUUUGUGACCUUCCCCUUGGGGGAACGGUUCGUGAGAAAUAAAAUUAAUCAUAGUAACAUUUAUUUUAAAUAUAUACAUACAGUGGUACCUCGGGUUAAGAACUUCAUUCAUUCUGGAGGUCCGUUCUUAACCUGAAACUGUUCUUAAGCUGAGGUACAACUUUAGCUAAUGGGGCCUCCCUCUGCCGCUGCGCUGCAGCCGCACAAUUUCUGUUCUCAUCCUGAAGCAAAGUUCUUAAACCAAGGUACUAUUUCUGGGUUAGCGGAGUCUGUAACCUGAAGCGUCUGUAACCCGAGGUACCACUGUAUUCAUGUUGCAUUCCUAUCCACAUAUGCAGCUAACCCAGCCAUUUACAGACACAGCAAUCCAAAUGGCAAGGAUUUGGUAACCAACUGUGGAAGGACAGGACCAUGAAAAUACCUUGCCUUUUCAUCUAGGGACGAGGCUUUACCUGAGGCCUGGUAGCUGAUUCCUCUGACUAGUACACUGACAUGCCUGUUUGUUUGCCCCCUCAGCUCACCCCGUCCUCUUCUUCCUUGCGACUCGGGCGCAUGAGCUACGUGGACCUCGACGAUGAACAUGAACCAGUAAGUGAGAAUUGCAGAGGGGGAGCCAAGAGGCCGCUGGCUAGCACUCAGAAACUGCCUCGGAGGGGACAUUUUGGGCACCCUCUAGAGCAGCCUUUCUCAACCUGUGGGUCCCCAGAUGUUGUUGAACUACAACUCCCAUCACCCCUAGCUAGCAAGGCCAGAGCUCAGGGAUGAUGGGAGUUGUAGUCCAACAACAUCUGGGGACCCACAGGUUGAGAAACACUGCUCUAGAGCAUGGGUAGGCAAACUAAGGCCUGGGGGCCAGAUCCGGCCCAAUCGCCUUCUAAAUCCGGCCCGCAGACGGUCCGGGAAUCAGCAUGUUUUUACAUGAGUAGAAUGUGUCCUUUUAUUCAAAAUGCAUCUCUGGGUUAUUUGUGGGGCAUUGGAAUUCGUUCAUUAUUUUUUCCCAAAAUAUAGUCCAGCCCCCCACAAGGAGGGACAGUGGACCGGCCCCCUGCUGAAAAAGUUUGCUGACGCCUGCUCUAGAGAAGGGAGAAACUUUUUGUCGAGCCCGAGGUCCACAUUUCUUCCUGGACAACCUCCUGAGGACCGCAUGCCACUGGUGGGCGGGGCCAGAAGCAAAAAUAGGCGGGGCAACCCGUGCAAUUUUUCCUAUUUAUGCACUAGGAUAGUUUCUCUUCUCUCACACCAACCCCUCCCAAGGUUCACAUGGAGAGGCCUGGAGGGCCAGAUUUGGCCCCUGGCCCUGAGGUUGUGCUUCCAAGUUGAGGGCUGAUAAGACAACCCCCACCCUGGUGCCCUUCAGAUGUUCUGCAUUACGGUUCCCAUCUGGAGCUCACCAAGUUUGAGAAGGCUGCACUUCAGCCCUAGCCAGGUAUUUAGAACACUGAGGUGUUUUGCGGUCUUGUUGCUGAUUUCCAUUUUUCGAAUGUUUUAAUUGCUUUUAUGAAUGAUCUCACUGCUCUUAUUAUUUUUGCAAGCCACUUUGAGGUUUUCUAGGUGGCGUGUUGAUUUCGUGAAAUAAAAGAAUAAAACGAACCCAGCUUUUGACAGGCGGCGUUAAGAAUCGUGGCGAUUGUGUCUUGCAGGAAAUGGAUCCGCCUCGGGCGCACCCUAACGAGAUCCCUCACAGCGAGAAAGUCCUCUCUCUCAAGUACGAGGUGGGCACCCAACUUAAGGUUCCAGCUGAAAAGGAACUGAUGUGUGUGGUGGUGGGAACGUUUGUUAUAACCCAAGAGAUCUACCCACCACCCAGGAGAGCUAUCCAGCAGAUUUUGUAAACAAUAAACCCACAAAGGUUAUGGAGAGGUCUGCUCCUCCUUGUUUGCUUAUUUUGCACAGAGGUGGGGAGCCUGUGACCCUCUGGAUCUAUAUGAAUCUUGUUAACUAAUAAUUCAACUGGUUAAACUAAUAAAAAGCUGUAGCAUUUGGUUGUUUUUCUGUGCUGGGCAAGGAGGAAGAGGCUUCAAUUCUUCUGAGUGCAGGGCGCAAGGGAGGUAAAGAAUAUUCUGUCCUUCCUCCACUGAUUCGCCCUCCAUGGAAUUCCUGUUCGCCUAUGGCGAUCAGGUGACUACUACUUGAAUACAAGGCUGCAUGAGGGCAUUGGUGGGAUGGUGCAAUCUUGGAAAGUGCUGCUUUUAGUAAGUUUUGAGGCAAAGUGAGCCUUUCCCGAGCAAGCUGCAUUCCCCGGCUUCCUGUUUCUAUUUUCUCACUUCCCUUCUCUCUCUUUUUUUGCUGCUUAAGAGCUUGGACUAUGACAACUGUGAGAACCAGCUGUUCUUGGAUGAAGAGAAGAGGAUCAAACAUACGGUCAGUCCAUCUCCAGGGCCGAAGGAUUGCUGUGGGGUUCCUCCUGCAAAAUCUCAGAUCUGGUUAUAUGUACGCCUCCCUCCCCACAUCCAAAAGUCCUCAUUUUAAAAAUACAGUGGAACCUAAUCUGUUCUUGUUGCUGUGCGAUAUCCAACUGCAUUCUACUCAGAGUAGACACACUGAAAAUAAUGUAAUAUCCCUUGAUUUCUACUCCUUAUGACUCAUGUUUGACACAGCCCAGUAUUAUUUAGUCAGCUUAUUAGUCGCUUGCUACACAGAGAGCCUCUAAGUGACUUACAAAACUUUUUAAAGCAUCACGUAAAAUCGGGAAGAAAGAGCAAUCCAUUGCAAUAAAAACCAUGCAAAAAUCCACAGAAAAUGUCAGUAUUGGAAGCCAUCAUCCAGCUACAUAAUAACUUUUAUAAAAGUUAUUUUAAGCAUUUUUUCAAUUCAUUAUAGAUCAUUUCCCAGAAUGCUUUUUAUUACCUUACGAGACCACCACAUGAUAAAAGGUGCCUUCUUUUUGUUUACAUUUCCAGCAGAUAUUUGUACCUGUCUUAUACAUUUUUGUUAGCUUACUGGGAGUUAAACACCAACGGUAUUUAUCAUUUUCAUAUAAUUUUCUUUCCAAUGCACAGCGCACCAAAAAUUUCAAAUCUGUUUCCCAUAGCCUUUCCUAAGAUGAAAGUUGAAUAUUAUGCCCCUAAUAGAGAGGUGAUUUAUAUUAGGCCGCUCUUAAAUUGAACCGUGUCAAUAAGAAGCAGCAUAAUAAGGCAGACCCCUCUGAUUGCGACUUCUUCGAACGCAGGCGUUCCGGACGGUGGAGAUUCGGCGGUGGGUCAUCUGCGCCAUGAUCGGGAUCCUCACCGGCCUCGUUGCUUGCUUCAUCGACAUUGUGGUGGAAUACAUUGCUGGGCUGAAAUACAAAGUGGUAAAGGGCAGUAUCCUUUGAGUGCAGGGCAGUCGCAGAGGUGGGCACACUCCCGAGGGGGGCAUGGCACGGAGGGUGCCCACCCAGGCACGGGAUAGCCGCUCGGGUGCCCGGAGCGGCCCGUGCACCCUGCAGCCGGGGGCAGAGCGAGCCGUUCGUGGGGGUGGAGCGAGGCCCCCACGGCGGACAUUCGGCACCGCCCGCCCACAACUCCCAAGCCUCCCCCGAGCUGUCAGAACGAAGGAGGAAGUGGGGAAUGCUGCCGGCAAAGCGGCGCAGCUCACCACCUUUACCCCAACGGCUUGGGGUAGGCUUGGGAGUGGCGGGCAGCGUGCCGAAUGCCACCCCCCUCAGUGAGGGCACCCAGGGCGGUCUGCCCCCACCGCCCCCCUUCCUACGCCCCUGGCGCAGGGCCGGCAUGAGGUGUUUUGCUGCCUGCGGGCGAAGGACAGGAGGGCUCCUUCGCCAUGUGCUGCGAAUGAAAGCCAACCAGAAAGGCAAUGGAAUUUGAAAAAAUGGUGUCCUCCGCCAUCCCUGAUGGCGGCAGAAUAGCUUGGAUGGCAAGCAUGGGGCUGAUGGGAGUUGGAGUUCAGAAUAUCUGCAGUGCACCAGGUGGACGUAGGUGAAAAGGUAUAAAACAUAUUCCAGUACUAACAUGACUGUAAUGUAUCAAGCCGAGGCCUGCCUUCUUUUACACCAGGGCUGGGUGACGUUAGAUUUUUCAGCAUUUUUCACCAAAGACAGCCAGACGUCGUGGUUUGGCAAUAUACCGUGAUGUUGAAACAAGCUGCAUUGGCCCCAGCCGGCUAGCCCAGGCUUCCUCAAACUCGGCCCUCCAGAUGUUUUUUUGGCCUACAACUCCCAUGAUCCCUAGCUAGCAGGCCCAGUGGUCAGGGAUGAUGGGAAUUGUAGUCUCAAAACAUCCGGAGGGCCAAGGCUGAGGAAGCCUGGGCUAGACACAGGGUGAAGCGGCCGCUGUUCUCACCUGGGGCCCUUCCACCUCAGCGCCUCGCAGGCUAGGGCCAAUGUAGGCUGCUGCUCAGUGGGGGGUGGGGGGCUCCCCCCACUUCAGCUGAGUGAGCCCUGAAACCUCAGCAACAUCGGGGUUUGGUCAGUUGUAGCCUAGAAGAAGUUCCCCCCACUCCAUCUGCAGCCUCAGAUGCGGUGGGGGGAGACUUCUUCCGGCCCCCAAUCUGAGCGAUCUGACACCACAGCAGCAUCGGGCUUUGUGCAGCUGGGGCAUAGAAGAAGCCUCCCACCCACCCCUGCUGAGCGAUCGGGGUCGCUCAGAUGGGGAGGGGACAGUUUCAUGGAGCCCCCACCCCACUGCCGGCUUGGGCAAGCCAGUGCCAGACUGGGAGCUCCGCUAAACGCUUGGCAGAAGGGAGCAGCAAUCGGGCGCCUAUCAGCCGAGCAGUUCGAAGAUGAUAAUAAUAAUAAUCACCAUAAUAAUAUAAUUUAUUUAUUUAUACCCCUCCCCAGCCAAGAUCGGGUUCAGGGCAGCUAACACCAGGUAUAAAAACAAUUGAUUAAAAUACAACUUAAAAACAGGAUUAAAAUACAACAUUAAAAUGCAGCCUCCUUUCAGUAAACUCAAAUCAAAAACUUUUUUGGGGAUGAAAACGUCAAAUCUUCACCAAGGCCAACUAUCCAGACUGGUCCUACGUGGGCCAGAAAAAAGCCAGGGAAGUCCCCAAUUAGGAGGGAGGAACCGAUGCAGCUGGUUUCUCCCUCUGCUCCGUAUGAGGAGGAGACCGUGAUACGUAUUUCACUCAGCAGUAUAUCGCUGGUGAAACCGCCGUGUUUCCGAAUCCCCAUGCUAGCAGCACCCUCUGAAUGAAGCUGCGCUGCUGGCAGAGGGACUCGGGAGCGCAAUGGUUUCAUCUUCGAUAUACUGCUGAGUGAAACCAACAUCGCCGUCUGCUUCUCAUACUGGUCCUGGGCAAUAUGUCGAUAUAUCGCCCAUGCCUGUUUUACACACAUCCUGCCCUCUCCCCAAAUCUAUGGCCAGAUAUUGUUUUCCCCUUUUAACCUGCUUUCCUCAGAUAUUGACAAAUUCACCAAGACAGGCGGCUUGUCCUUCUCUCUGCUGCUCUGGGCCACGCUGAACGCGAGCAUUGUGAUGGUCGGGUCCGUUAUCGUUGCUUUUAUUGAGGUAAGGCCUCCGCCCGGGUCUCUCGCCCGCGCCGCCAUUUUGCAAUUCGUGCCUUGGCAAAGGGUGAUGCUCCCAAUGAGUUUCAUGAUCCCGUUUCUGCCUUGCCUUUCGUCCAAGGAGCCAUAUGCGCUUUACACACUCCAUUUUAACUCUCGCAACCACCUUGUGAGGUAGCUAAUACUGCAAGAGGCGGUGACAGGCCCAAGGUCACCCAGGGAGCUUUGCAGCUGAGGGGAGGAUUCGAACCCCCGUCUCCUAGGUCCUAGUUUGGCAUCCAAACCGUGAUGCCACACUGCCUCUUACGAUUUGCGUGUGGAUGGUAAUAUGUAGCAACUGCCCAGUCUCGGAGCUGUUUGAAUGACAGAAAUACACCCAAGCAAACUUAUUUUCUCUGUUGUUGUUUUUCUUGUAGCCUGUGGCAGCUGGUAGUGGAAUACCUCAGAUCAAGUGCUACCUCAAUGGAGUUAAGAUCCCCCACGUGGUCCGGCUGAAGGUGAGAGAGGGAGGACAGGUUGUGCCUGGCAAUUUUUAGCGUGUCCCUCCUUUCCCCUGAUCCACCUGAGACUUUUAUGAGGGAAAGUUGCCCCUCCGCUUCCUUAGUGAGAACAUUUUGUGUGUGUGUGUGUGUGUGUGUGUGUGUGUAAAACUGGACAUGAAAAAUGGCCCAUUUCUCUGCCACACAUCCAAACACGUUGCUAGACGUGUCUGCCGCCGUUGUGUGAUCUGCUGCUUUUCACCUAUCGCCCUAUUUGCACUAUGCAUUUGAAGCCAGAAUCAUGCUGCUUUAAACAACUAUGGCUUCCCCCAAAGGAUUCUGGGAAGCCGAGAGUUGCUAGGAGAGCCCUUUUCUCCCUCACGGAACUACAGUUCCCGAGCGGUUUUAAGAGUCAGUCCCUCUUGCCAGGGAGCUCUGGGAAUUGUAGCUCCGUGAGGGAAAUAAGGAUCAGCGAACUAGCUCACUUGUCUUUGGUGACAAAGAUCAGAGUAGUUCUCUCGCCUCACUUCCAUUGGAACGAGAGUCUUGUGUUUUGGUUCGGCGCCUGUUUCUUUUCUGGCAAGAUCUUUGAAGGUUAAACGUGGACUCCUCUCUUGCGUCAGCUCAGCGCUUUGUGUCUGAGGGAACUGAGCAUAGGAGCCCAGAGUUCAGCCCAGAAUGGGAACUUUAAAAUAAUAAUGAUAAUGAUGACGAUGAUGUAUCUCCUUUCUUUGUAGACACUGGUGGUUAAAGUCUGUGGUGUGAUUUUCUCUGUGGUCGGAGGCCUGGCGGUCGGAAAGGUAACUGAGGAGAGGAAGCAGAAACUUCACCCCAAAAGGCAGCUACUCCUGUCUUUCCUAUUUAACAAUGCCACCUUCCCGGCUAUUUUACAUUGCAUUCUGGGAAGGUUUCUGCUUGGCAGCCAUUGCUCUCAAUGGCGCUUCUUCGUUAGCCUUUGCCCUUGCCAUUUGUAUUGGCCUGUACCCAACUGCCGCCUUAGGAUCAUGGCGAACGAGACGUGCUUCGUGGCUUUGACAAUGGGAAGAAAAGAAAAGAAAACUGUGCCUCAGGCAGCUUGUUUUGCUGCGAUCAGAAUAAUUGUUUAGGGAGAUGUUGCGCCAAAAUAAGAACCUGCCAAGUCAGGCCAAUAGCUCAUCUGGUAUAAUAAUAAUAAUAUAUUUUUAUUUAUACCCCACCCUUCCUGGUUCAGAAAACCGGGUUAACAACAAAUUUAAAACACUUAAUUGAUGCAACAAAAACAGCAUAAAAUACAGUAUAAAACAUGAAUAACAAUAAAUUCAAAAUUCAAUUUAAUAUAAGAUAAAUAAAAUAAAAUAAAACAUACAUACAGCAACAGUGUUUUGUGUUGUGUAGGCUCCUAUGAUGUAAGUAAUGGCCCCCGCCUGCUAGCUUACUCACUAAAAUAUCACUGGUUUGCUCCUUUCUAUAUAUAGGGUGACUACAUUCUGCAUGGACUGGUUUCAUGGCAACAUGUGCAAAUGGCUUUAGAUACCUAUUAGGUCCACAAAUUACCAUAUAGCAUAUAUUCAACACUAAAAAACCGACAAUUUGUUGUUGUCAAAGGACAGCUGGACAUAUAAAGGGCCCCAUUACCUUCAGUAGCUUAGGGCCUCAUCAAACCUAAAUCUGGCCCUGCUUGGAGCAUAGUCUUGCAAGCCAGCUUCUACCUCCGUCUAAGUUCUGCUUCUCUUGGUUUCAGGAAGGGCCAAUGAUUCACUCUGGAGCUGUCAUCGCAGCUGGCAUAUCUCAAGGACGGUCAACUUCUCUGAAGAGAGACUUCAAGGUUCGUUUCCUACAAGUGGGUUGCUUGCGCUGGGUUUCCAGCCCCCGCAGGCCAGGACCUCCUCACUGAGUGGCGGCUUCCGCUGUCUAUCAUAGCCCCGAUCCUGGUAGCAGAUGUUGGAGAUGCCAGGGGGCAGGUAUGAGGCCUGCCUCUCUCCCACUUCUCAAGCUUAAAGCAUUUGCACCCCACCCGUUAACCAAACGGGCAUACCCAGGUUGCACAACCUGCGUCGCAAAAGAGACUUUGCCCUCUAGUACGAAACUGUAUAAACAGACAUAGCAUGCGAGAAAAAAGGGAUGGGGAGGGAAGAGGGGAGUAGCAAGUUCAGACACCCGAUUUUAACAUUAUAGGACUUUCGGCAGAGUUGCCUAGUUCUGCCUGUGCAGAUGCUGACUGCCUGGGAGAGCAACCAGACCAGCACAGGCCUCCCAUCAGAUCUGUGAGCAGAGCAAGUGACAUUGUCUGGACCAAGAGGAAGGCAGUUGGUCGCUGCCACACUCAUGGCCAGAAACAAUGUGAAAAAACUCUAUGGAAUACAGUAAUUCAAAACAUCAAAACUAACAAACUGAAGUCUCUGAAAGUUUAUGAAUAGAUAUAAUGAAAAAUACUCUGGAACAGUGCUCAUUCAAUUAUGUGACUACAGUUGACUACAUAAUCGCAUGAGCACUGUUCCAGAGUAUUUUUCAUUAUAUCUAUUCGAAAACAGAUUGGUUAAUGAAGAAAUUACGUAUCUUUCUACUUACAAGUGUUGAACUAAUUGGCUGAUGAAGAAUUCAGUGAAACAGUAGUUGUUAUCUGGAAACACUGUUCAGCAGAGUUCAGAGUUGGACAUCAGAAUUGGACAUUUGCUGAUUAUACAAAGCUUCACAGCUUGCUCUCUAUGCCGGGUAAUGUCUGGCACCGUAAUUCAUUUCAGGACUUUCAGAGACUUCAUUUUGUUAGUUUUGAUGUUUUGAAUUAUUCCAUAAAGUUUUUCACAUUCUUACUGUUUCUGGCCAUCGUGUUGCUUUUGAUAUCGCUGACUUAUAUUUAGCAACACAGGGGUUGGUUUGUUUACACACUCAUUUCCUUGGACAGCUGACCUAAUGGCCGUUGGAACCAUUGAAGGAAGGGGUUUGAGGCAGUUGUCCUCCUCCCUCACCAAAGUUGCUUCGUAGUCCUGGGCCAUCUUGGCAAACUAGCAUUCUUCACAGUACACAAAGGAAGCUGCUGCUGGUCUUUGUGGUGGGCUCAUUCAUUUGGGGGGGGGGGCAUUGCUUGAGUUACUUAGGGGUUGCAGAGCAUCCAGAGCUUUUUGCGCUUGUGUGUGUUAAGAGACCCAUUCCCAAGUUCUAAUCCACUCCGGGCUGUGUUUGCUUUUAGAUCUUUGAAUAUUUCCGGAGGGACACGGAGAAGCGGGAUUUCGUCUCCGCCGGAGCUGCUGCUGGUGUCUCGGCUGCCUUUGGGGCUCCUGUCGGUAAAGCUCCUUUUCUUUCCCACGGAAACACUAGAGAGGUGUUUGCUGCACUUCAUUAGUAUUAUUGAUGACGAUAAGCACCGUUGUUAUUCCUGUUACUGGUUGCUUUAUCCAAGCGUCUCAGAACAUCUGUGUCUUCUGGCAAAACCAUUUACAGUGGUACCUCGGGUUAAGUACUUAAUUCGUUCCGGAGGUCUGUUCUUAACCUGAAACUGUUCUUAACCUGAAGCACCACUUUAGCUAAUGGGGCCUCCUGCUGCCGCCGCGCCGCCGGAGCACGGUUUCUGUUCUCAUCCUGAAGCAAAGUUCUUAACCUGAAGCACUAUUUCUGGGUUAGCGGAGUCUGUAACCUGAAGCGUAUGUAACCCGAGGUACCACUGUACUGCAAUCCAUUAUGAGCCAUAGUGAUAACCGUGGUGAUAAUGGUGCUAAUACUAGGGAUGGUCAUAAUAUUAAUACAGUAGGCAUGCAGCUUUCUCUUGCUUUACUUGUGCGACUGCAACCUUAUGUGGGCGGGGAAAAUUAAUAAAUAAAUGGAGAGCCAGGGAAACUCUAGCACCCUGCCAGAGCCUCAUGCCUCCUUCCCAAAGCCCAGCGCCUCGUUAUCUAGGUUAAGAAAGCACCCCCCUCCGAUUGCACAGCCAUAAACUGUUGUUGUUGUUAAUUGUAUGCUGCCCUAUACCUGCAGAUCUCGGGGUGGUACACAAAAUAAAAUUACAAGAUAAAAACCACAAAAUACACAAUAAAUAUAAUAAUAGAAACAACCAAUACAGUGGUACCUCUGGUUGUGAACGGGAUCCGUUCUGGAAUCUGAAAAGAACACAACCCGUGUCUGCACACGCGUGGGUUGCGAUUUGCCGCUUCUGCGCAUGCGCGUGAUGUCAUUUUGCGCGUCUGCGCAUGCAUGAGCAGCGAAACCCGGAAGUAACCCGUUCCAGUACUUCUGGGUCGCCGCAGGACACAACCUGGAGACACUCAACCUGAAGCAAACAUAACAUGAGGUAUGACUGUAAUCCAUUUAAAAGGGUAUCAGAUGUCGAUCAGCCAAAGGCCUAGUUAAAGAGCAAUGUUUUUGCGGGGCGCCUAAAGGUAUACAAUGAAGGCGCCAGACAGACCUCCCUGGGGGAGAGCAUUCCUCAGACGGGGAGCCAUCGCAGAAAAGGCCCGUUCUGAAUCCGCGCCUGGUGUUCCUACCUUGAGCCGCUCAGCUCCUGCCUCCGGGCGGACAAGCCAAGUCUCACUGGCUCUGCCUUUCCCUCCCACCAGGUGGUGUCCUGUUCAGCUUGGAGGAAGGCGCUUCCUUUUGGAACCAGUUCCUGACCUGGAGGAUUGUGAGUCUGGGGGGCUGGGGGAGCUUUCCGAGCCGGGGGUGGGGGAUGGGGACUGCAAGGUGAGUCCUCGGCAGACAGGCGGAAUCUGGCCAUGCUCCUCACCGCUCCCCCCCCUCUCUCUGCAGUUCUUUGCCUCCAUGAUCUCCACCUUCACCCUGAACUCCAUCCUCAGCAUUUACAAAGGGAAUCCCUGGGACCUGUCCAGUCCCGGACUCAUCAACUUUGGCCGGUUUGACUCCGAGGUAAAAGGCAACAUCCUUUUGAAGCUUCGCUGCCAACUCCUCCUCCUCUGGCCUCCACACACAAAUUCUCUACGUAACCAGAGAAGGAGUGGAGAGAAUAAUAAUAAUAAUAAUAAUAAUAAUAAUGUAUUAUUAUUAUUAUUAUUAUUAUUAUUUAUACCUCGCCCAUCUGGCUGGGUUUCCCCAGCCACUCUGAGUGGCUUUCAACAGAAUAUUAAAAUACAAUAAUCUAUUAAACAUUAAAAGCUUCCCUAAACAGGGCUGCCUUCAGAUGUCUUCUAAAAGUCUGGUAGUUGUUUUUCUCUUUGACGUCUGGUGGGAGGGCAUUCCACAGGGUGGGUGCCACUACCGAGAAGGCCCUCUGCCUGGUUCCCUGUAAGAAGUCGAAAUAAGGGAUACAAAUGUAAAGGAAGAUUAUUGUUGUUAAAUUGAAAACUGAAUAUAUAUAUAUAAGCACACACACACACACACACACACACACAUAUGGUAUUGUCCCCUUCCCGAAACUCUGGAGAGCUGCUGCCAGUCAGUGUAGGCUAAGUGGCACCAAUGGGCUUGCGUCAGCGUAAGGCAGCUUCCUAUGUUCCCAAUAGCUCAUUGGGUAGAGGACGAGGCUCUUAACCUCAGGGUCGUGGGUUUGAGUCCCAUCCUCCGGCAAAAAGAUUCCUGCAUUGCAGGGGGUUGGUCUAGAUGACCCUCGGGGGUCCCUUCCAGCUCUACAGUUCUAUGAUAUUGUGAAAAAAUGAUAGCGCAGUAGAAGGCAGUCCUGUCCUUGAGCUGCGUUACCGCUGUCACAGUUUCCAGAGCUCACACCUGCUUUCUUUCUUCCUUUGCAGAAGAUGGGGUACACUUUUCAAGAAAUCCCAAUCUUCAUAUUCAUGGGAGUGGUGGGUAAGCGCCCCUAUUUAAGCAACACGAUAAUGUGACUUCCCUGUUUGUGCAUCAAUCCCUUCUGCAGAUGUUACUCUGAGGCUGGGGGAGUGUGCAUGUGGGUCUCAUCCUCCCCCGUUUUUUAAAAAAAGAAAUACAGUGGUGCCUCGCAAGACGAAAUUAAUCCGUUCCGCGAGUCUCUUCGUCUUGCGUUUUUUUUGUCUUGUGAAGCACAGCUAUUAACGGCUUAGCGGCUAUUAACGGCUUAGUGGCUUUAAGAAAAAGGAAACAAACUCGCAAGAACUCGCAAGACGUUUCGUCUUGCGAAGCAAGCCCAUAGGGAAAUUCGUCUUGUGGAACGACUCAAAAAACUGAAAACUCUUUCGUCUAGCAAGUUUUUCGUCUUGCGAGGCAUUCGUCUUGCGGGGCACCACUGUAAGUUCCACCAGUAAUGCAUGCCUGACAUGCAGCAGCAAAUCUGUCAUGGUCAACAGCUAGAAAGGAGCUGUGUCUGUUAUCAGCCCCAAAGCCAUUUUGGGGCAUGCGGUCCUUUCUCUGUGCCUGCCUUUUCACAGGGCAAAACUCCUCUGUGCUCUGUUGACUCCACAAUCCUCUGCAUUUCUGCAGAGAUUCCAGCAUCUGGCAAAGAACUUAAUUCCUUAAUACCUUGGCCCCUGCACACAAUACAGAAUUUUCCUCUGUGGAACUGGGGGGAUUUCCUGGCUUACUGUGAGCCCCAGAAGAAGGGGAGAUGGAGGGGGAAGACAUGACCCUAUGUCUGGGGUGGGCGUAGGAUUUUCCUGAUCUAACAGCAGGGUGGAAAUGUAGAGGAUAUCCUUUGCAAAACUGUUCUCCACCUUGCUUCAUCCCAGUCAGAUGCAUCAUUUCCACAGCUGCCCCAAAGAGAGAGUUAUGGGAUUUCUGCAACCUAUACUGCUAACUUCCUGCAUUCUGAUUUGUGUGGUUUUGAGCGGCUGGUUCUUUGCUCUGACUCCGUCAAGGCCUAUUGUCAGGUGUUUUUCUUCCUCCUGGCUGCAGGUGGAGUUCUCGGAGCCAUGUUCAACGCCUUGAACUACUGGCUGACGAUGUUCCGAAUCAGGUAAAAGCCCUGGCAGAAGGUAACCCGGAAUAUAACAAGCAGCAAACUUCAGACCCAGGGCAAGGACUGGAGUAAAACCCAUUGCAGGAUGGCUCGAGCCAACUGCUGUACAUCCAACCAUGGAUGCCUCUUUAAAAGGCUUUGCAUUUCAGCUUUUUACACCGCCGGGCCCUUUCUUUUGACACAGGGUUCGGAGCUUAGCUCCAUUCACAGGCGUCGCUGAGCUGAGCCACCCAGAAUUUGGCUGAACCAGCAUUUCAGAGGCUGCUUCACAUUCCUGCCUGGAUGUUUGUUUGAGCCGGAAACCUGCGAUAGUACUUUUGUUUGCGUUCUUCUUUUUUUAUAUAAAGUCUGGCACAUUUCUGCCUUUGUCAGGCCUCUGCUUAUUUCCCCAGAUGGCUUCCCUUUUGGGGCGAGGGUUGCUUUUACGGGAGCAAAUGAGCUCAGCUCUGCAGCCGCCCACCUUGCUGGAAAGCAGCCAGGUCUGGAGAAAGGCCAUCUUAGUUUUUAGCUAAAGGAAAUAACCGAAGUGCCUGGGCAGGAACUCCUUUUUAGGACUUACAGUUCUGGGACUGUGUGGGGUGUGUUUGUGUGUGUGUGUGUGUACCUGUUGGAAACAGAUGGAAUGAAUCACAGGCUGCCACUCAUCUCUUUAACUCAGUUUUUUAUUAUUACAUUUGCCUCUCACCUCUCCUCCAAGGAGCUCAAGGUGAGAUGCACACACCUCUCAUUCCUUAUUUAAUCCUCAGAACAACCCUGUGAGGUUGGUUAGGCUGAGCGUCAGUGACUGGCCCCCAAGGUCGCCCAGUGACUGAUGGAGGAUGCUCCUGUCUCUCCAGUCUCGAAGCAAGAUCCAGUUGGCUUCCAUAUUUGGAAUCGGAAUAUAAUAAUAAUAAUAAUUUAAUAUUUAUACCCCACCCAUCUGACUGGGUCUCCCCAGCCACUCUGGGCAGCUUCCAACCAAAUAUCAAAAACAAUACAGCAUCAGACAUUAAAAACUUCCCUAAACAGGGCCGCCUUCAGGUGUCUUUUAAAAGUAAAAUAGUUGUUUAUUACCUUGACAUCUGCUGGGAGGGCGUUCCACAGGGCAGGCGCCACCACCAAGAAGGCCCUCUCCCUGGUUCCCUGUAACCACACUUCUCGCAGCGAGGGAACAGCCAGAAGGCCAUCAGUGCUGGAUCUCAGUGGGAGAUGGGAGAAGGGGCUGCCAUCUUGUCCGUUGCUUCAGGUGGCAAAAUGCGUUGGGCCGGCCCUGCUCCCUAACCCCUUGUGUUUUUUCUUUUCUUCAAACUCCCCAGGUAUAUCCACCGGCCGUGCCUGCAGGUCAUCGAGGCCAUGCUGGUGGGCGCUGUGACAGCGGCUGUGGCAUUUGUCAUGAUCUACACCUCGGCAGACUGCCAGCCCCUGCAAGGCAGCGGCAUGGCCUACUCGCUCCAGGUGGGAAACGAGCGGCAGAGGGGGACUGUGGGUGCCGGCUGCCUCCCAGAAUGGAUGCUGUUGGGCAACGGGGGCUUGAGGCAGGAGAGAAGUGGAGGCAGGUCCAUUAGGCACCUUCUCACCAAGUUCAGUCUUCCCGUCGACCAAACCCCACAUGCCUCUCUCUUCGCUCACAAAAAGGAAAUGAGUUUCCUUCAGCUUUGUCUCAACACUGUGCCCUUAAAGCACUUUCUUUAAGGGCACAAUUUUGGGUAUUGUGAGUUUUUUUAAUAAUAAUAAUAAUAAUAAUAAUAAUAGCCAGUGUGGUGUAGUGGUUAAGAGCAGUAGUCUUGUAAUCUGGGGAACCGGGUUCGCGUCCCCGCUCCUCCACAUGCAGCUGCUGGGUGACCUUGGGCCAGUCACACUUCUCUGAAGUCUCUCAGCCCCACAGAGUGUUUGUUGUGGGGGAGGAAGGGAAAGGAGAAUGUUAGCCGCUUUGAGACUCCUUAAAGGGAGUGAAAGGCGGGAUAUCAAAUCCAAACUCUUCUUCUUCUUCUAAUAUUAUUUUAUUUAUACCCUGCCCUCCCCGGCCAGAGCUGGGCUCAGGGUGGCUAACACCAAUAAAAUGACAGUAAAAACAUAAUGGGGCGGGGGGGGAACCAAUUUAAAAUACAGGUUAAAAUGCAAUUUAAAAUGCAGCCUCGUUUUAAAAGUAGCCCAUAGAUCAAAACCAUAAAGGGAUGGAAACAUAAGGGUCAGACUGAGUCCAAAGCAAAGGCCAGGCGGAACAGCUCUGUCUUGCAGGCCCUGUGGAAAGAUGUCAAGUCCCGCAGGGCCCUGGUCUCUUGUGACAGAGCGUUCCACCAAGUCUGGGCCAGUACUGAAAAGGCCCUGGCCCUAGUUCAGGGUCUCUGAGAGCUGUAACUCCGUGAGGGGCAAACUACAGUGCCCAGAAUUCCCUGAAGGCAAAAAUGUCUUCCGGAUGUGUUUUCAAGGCGCAAUGUGUACACACGACUUCAGCCUUGCCCUUGUAGAGCUCGGCAGGGAGGAAGAUGGCGGACAGUACCAGAAUUAGUCAUCUGCUGCUGUUGUUUGCUGUGGCUCCCCCUGCUGUCCGUCACCCUGCUUUCAGCCCAAUGGGAGCUAGCCGCUGUUGUUGAGAUGCUGGGCGCAUUCAGCUGGCAAAGUUGCGCAGCCGCUGCCCCUGGCAGUGAGCCCAAGUUUGUAUAUAGCUUUGGCAAGCAAAACUUUACCUCUCUGGCAUCAUGCAGAGAAGCUUUUGAAAAUGUGUGUGUGUUUGUUUGGGGUGUGGGGGGACGGCUCUUGCUUUCAUAAGUGAGCAGCGCUUUUACAAGAGGACAGCAGGCUGGUACACACAUUUGCGAUUUGAUAACACCCCUGGGUUUAUUUGCAAGCCCUUCUCAAGCCAAAUCUCUGAGCCGUUCCCUGCCCCAGAUGUUAAACGGCUCAGGACUGCAAUACCUCAAGGACCACCUCUUUCCAUAUGAACCUACCCGGACCCUGAGAUCAUCUUCUGAGGCCAUUCUUAGUGUGCCUCUUCCUCAGGAGGUCCGGGGGGUGGCAACACGAGAACGGGGCCUUCUCUGCAGUGGCUCCCCAUCCGUGGAAUGCUUUCCCCAGGGAUGUUCACCUGGUGCCCACCAGACAAAAACGUUCCUUUUCAACCAGGCCUUUGGUUGUUCUGUUUGACAUCCUACACCCUUUUAAAAUGUGGCUCUUAUUGGGUUGUUGUUUUCAUUCUGAUUAUAUAUGUUGUGAUCUUUUCUGUGAACUACCCUGAGACCUCCAGGUAUAGGCUGGUAUAAUAAUAAUAAUGAUAAUAAUGAUGAUAAUAAUAAUAAUGAUAAUAAUAAUAAUAAUAUUGAAUCCAGUGCUCAUAAGGCACAGCAGCCUGUGGUGUUGGACCCCCGCUUCUUUUUUCUUUUCCUUUCCUUUCCUUUUUUACUUUUUACUGUGCCUGCAAUAACACGACUUCUCCUCUCCCCGCCAGCUCUUCUGUCCUGAUGGCGAAUACAACUCUAUGGCUGCCGCCUUCUUCAACACACCAGAGAAGAGUGUCGUCCGCCUUUUUCAUGACCCCCCAGGUCGGUUGCUCCCCAACUAGCAGCGUCCAACCAUCGCCAAUCGAUGGGGGGAUGUAUUCUUCCUAAUAUUCUAUAGCAGGGUUGGCUAGUUCCUGUCUCUCGGCCUAAAUCCAGCUCCACGACCAGCAAAUGUUAUUCCCCCCUCCCAACAAGACCCCACUGAUUUUGGUGACAGCAUGUUUAGAUGGAUACACAGACAAACAAUAAUUAUCUAUCAUCUAUCUAUAUAUCUUCUGAGCACAGUCUUUUCCCCCAAAUUAUUUUUAUUGGUUUUCCAAUUUUUUACAAAUCAAACCAAAUUACCUAAUUUAAUACAGUUUCUUUUUUUAAAAAAUCAGGUUUCCGGCUCCAGUUGCAAACAUAUGUCCAUCUUUUUCUCUUGUAGCCACAUCAACUCUUCAUUAAUAUCCAUUUCAUCCUUCACUUCAUGUUGUCCAUUCCUAUAGCCACCCCUUUUAUAGUCUUUAUAGGUCAAAACCAGCACUUUGAAUUGGGCCUGGAAAUUUAUGUGAUCUACCUGAAUUACUGUGAAUUGUUGUGGGGGAGGGUUUUGUAUUCGAGGUAGGUUUCAUUUGCUUUUAAAUUGUAUUAUUUCCCAACCUGCCUGGCCCUUCCUUGCAUGCCUCCGAAGAAGGAGAGCUCUCUCCAGCUCUGUGGGAGAUGCAACUUGUUCCAUCGCUUAAUCUGCUCCCACAGUUCAUGAGUCUCUUCUCCUUCCUCCCGCCCCCUCCAAAUGUUUAGCCUAAAUGUGCAUUCCUGAAAUCUAAAACGGGACGGCAGGGGGCUUGCUACAGUCCUUGGCUUUCCUCCUCUAUAAAGGCUUUACCUGAUGUUCCUGUGGCAGAGGAGCCGGAUGAAGGAAUUGAAUUUUCUUUUCACAGUACCCUAGAGCCCAGCUUGGGAUUUGUUCCCAAGUCCAUGAUUUGUUUUGCUGCACACAAUGUUUUAAUUAGGAAAGGCACAUAGAGCUGCCCUAGCGGGUAUUAUCCAUAGCUGUCAACGUUUCCCCUUUUUAAAGGGAAAUUCCCUUAUUCCAAAUAGGAUUCCUCGCAAGAAAAGAUAAAGUUGACAGCUAUGGUAUUAUCACAGGGAAGGUUAGGGUGAUUUGGACAUGUUUUAGAUGUAUUGUGAUACAGUCGUACCUUGCAAGUCGAACGGAAUCCGUUCCGGAAGUCCGUUCGACUUCCAAAUCGUUCAGAAACCAAAGUGCGGCUUCUGAUUGGCUGCAGGAAGCUCCUGCAGCCAAUCGGAAGCCACGGCGGACGUUCAGCUUGCGAAAAUCAUUCGAAAACCGGAACACUCACUUCCGGGUUUCGAUCGUUCAGGAGCCAAGGCGUUCAAGCUCCACCUGUAUUUUAUGCAUUGUGACUUGCAAUUAUUUUUAUUGAUCGUAGUUCAGUAAUUAUUGUAAUUGUUAAGAGUGGAUUUCUGUUUAAGUAUUAUUUGUCGAUGUUUUGAGAGUUUAUGUCAUUGUGUUUCCCAAACUUGGGUCUCAACCUGUUUUUGGACUACAGUUCCCAUAACACCUGACCACUGGUCCUACAACUCACUGAUAGGAGUUGUAGUCCAAAACCAGCUAGAGACCCAAGUUUGGUAAACACGACUUUAACCUAAUUUUUGGAGCCAGGAAAAACCCAAAGAUGGCUCUUGAGACCUGCUUUUUUGAGGGGCUAAAAUGCAUGCCCCCUGUAAUAAGGUGGGAGCACCCUGACGAUUUGCUGAGCGAAUCUUGCUGCUGGUUCCAGGUUGUGGGGAGUGAUGCUCUUUGCUCUCCCUCUUAGGCACGUAUGACCCCAUGACUUUGGGGCUGUUCACCUUGAUGUACUUCUUCCUGGCUUGUUGGACCUACGGGCUAACAGUUUCGGCAGGCGUCUUCAUCCCCUCCCUGCUGAUCGGGGCCGCCUGGGGCCGCCUGUUUGGCAUCUCUCUCUCCUACAUGACCAGCGGCUGGGUGAGUUGCCCUCACCUUGUGGUUUCGAUCCUCUCUCCCCACCCUCCCACUCCCUUACGGUCCGAAGAACCUUUGCAGAAAACCAUCCCCUUGUUGUCGCGGGUGGGAGGGGAGCUGGGAAGAUGGAGGGCGUUUGAUCUUCGCCAGGAAGAAGAAGUGGAAGCUUUUCAGCUCCAAGGGCCUCCUGGCAGUUCCCUCACUGCGAGAAAUGAGGUUACAGGGAACCAGGCAGAGGGUCUUCUCAGUAGUGGUCUUCUUCUUCUUAUCUGGCGAUCCCUCGUAGCCAAAUAAGAUUGUCUUCCAUGAACACAGUUUUAAAAGUGAGUCCGUAAGUGACUGUGGAGGCUGAUUCUGGAUCCACACGUCCUUCCACAGUGGGGACAUAGGUUUCCGGGCGGGAGUUGAUCACGGUGAGGGUUUGCCAAGCGUGCCUUCCCCUUAGCGCAUUUCUCCCUUUCAUCCUGAGUUCGAGCGCUUUCAAAGCCCAGAACGCCUUUGGUAAAGGCUGUUCUCCAAUUGGAGCGUUCGCAGGCCAGUGUUUCCCUGUUGCCGGUGUUUACACUACAUUUUUUGAGAGAGUCUUUCAACCCCUUUUUUUGGCCACCAGCAUUAUGCUUUCCGUUUUUAAGUUCAGAAUAGAGCAGUUUCAGCAGUGGUGCCCGCCCCGUGAAACGCCCUCCCGUCAGAUAAACAACUAUCUGACUUCCAGAAGACAUUCUGAAGGCAGCCCUGUUCAGAGAGGUUUUUUUUUAAUUCUUGAAGCUUUGUUGUGUUUUUAAUAUUUUGUUGGGAGCCGCCCAGAGUGGCUGGGGCAAGCCAGUCAGAUGGGUGGCAAGCCAGCCUUCUUCCCCUGGGGGUUCCCCAGCUGGUGCCCCCCUCCCUGUCCCCUGCAUCCAGUCUGUCCACGACACCCAAUCGUCCCCUUGGCCUAGAGAUCCACCACCACCGGUCUAGGCGAGUAGGGGGCAGAUGCCACGCCCCAGUUUGUUACUGCUGUUCACGGUGUGAAAGGUCCAUUUCUCCAGUGAAUGGGGAGGGAGGGGGCCUGGAUCGGAGACCCUCCGACCUCCUGCUUAGUCCCGCUAUCCUGAGCGUUGACUGUUCCUCUCUCUUGGGGCUUUCAGAUCUGGGCCGACCCAGGGAAGUAUGCCUUGAUGGGAGCUGCGGCACAGCUGGGUGAGUGAUACACGUCUGGGGCAGGGAGGAGAAAGGGGCUCAGCUUAUUGGGAAGUGGGAAGGUGGGUCUUGCCCCAGUGGGACGGUGCAGGUUAUGCUUCAACCCUUUAACCAAACUUACUUUCCUAGGCCUCAUCUUCACCAUGCAUUUAAGCAUCCUCAUCUUGCUUUAAACAAUCAUGGCUCCUUCUGCAAACAACAACCACAACAACAACCCUGGGAGUUAUGGCUUAUAAAGGGAUACUUUGUUAGAAGAAUCCUCACAGAGCUGUGAUUCCCAAGAUUGAUUUAACACUCAGUUCCUCUUCCCAGGGAACUCUGAGACAUCUGAAGGCAGCCCUGUAUAGGGAAGCUUUUAAUGUUUGAUGUGUUUUAAAUAUUUUGUUGGGAGCCACCCAGAGUGGCUGGGGCAACCAAGGCAUGUUAAUAAUGAAAUUAUAUUAUAUUACUGUAUUUUUUCGUGUAUAAGACGUCCCCAAGUAUAAGAUGACCCCUAUUUUUUGAGCCCCAAAUUAAGAAAUAAAUUUAUUUAUAUAUUUAAUUGCAACAUUCCGUGUAUAAAUUGACCCCCAAUUUUAAAUUUAAAAAAAUUGGGGGGAAACAGUCUUAUACAUGGAAAAAUACAGUAGAUUAGAUUAGAUUAUAAUAAACUAUAUCUGCUUUGUGUCUAUUUAGCACAAGGAUGAGAAACCUCUGGCCUUCCAGCUAUCGGACUACAACACCCAUCAUCCUUGACCAUUGGCCACACUGGCUGGGGCCGAUGGGAGCUGGAGUCCAACCAGCUUUCUCACUGCUGGUUUAGCCGUUCAGUCUUUUCUUUUUUUUUUAGAACCUUUUCAGAAAGGGGUUCAGCUUUGUCCUGCUCUUUUAAAACGGCUAUGGCACUAAUUACAGGUUCGCUCUGAGGAAGGACAGUAGCUCAGUAUGAACAAAAAAACCACAUAUUGCAUUAUUUCGAAGGCCACAGCAGCACGAGGGGAGCUAAUGAAAUUUAAAGCAGAUUACAGGAACCACUCCUCACUGUUUGAAAUUAGAAAUCAAUAAAAUUAAAUAAUAAUUGGAUUCUUAAAAUCAAAACAUAUUCCUGUUGAAACAUAAAACUCAUUAAGGCAUGUUCUUAAAAUAGCACACAUUACUUACUGAUUUGUGGGCAUCUACCUGCCUCGAGGGGACGCGGGUGGCGCUGUGGGUUAAACCACAGAGCCUAGGACUUGCCGAUCAGAAGGUCAGCGGUUCGAAUCCCCGCGACGGGGUGAGCUCCCGUUGCUCAGUCCCUGCUCCUGCCAACCUAGCAGUUCGAAAGCACGUCAAAGUGCAAGUAGAUAAAUAGGUACCGCUCUGGCGGGAAGGUAAAUGGCGUUUCCGUGCGCUGCUCUGGUUCGCCAGAAGUGGCUUAGUCUUGCUAGCCACAUGACCCAGAAGCUGUACGCCGGCUCCCACGGCCAAUAAAGUGAGAUGAGCGCUGCAACCCCAGAGUCGUCCACGUCAGGGGUCCCUUUACCUUUACCUGCCUCGAGAGACAAUGGAGUGUGCUUCCUGGGGUGAAGUCAAACCGCUGUGUUAGCGGUGCAAUCCUGGACAGUGCCUAUGGAGGUCCUGGGCCCAUUCUCAUUUUGCCACCCUCUGGACCUCUCGAGGAGGAGGCACACAAAGAAGGGUCUCAGAGGAUGAUCUCAGGGUCCGGGUUGGUUCAUAUGGGGAGAAGGCAGUCCUUGACGUUCAACACAGCAUUUUCUUCCUAGGGGGCAUUGUGAGGAUGACACUCAGCCUGACGGUUAUCAUGAUGGAGGCGACAGGCAACGUUACCUACGGCUUCCCAAUCAUGCUGGUGCUGAUGACAGCCAAGAUUGUGGGGGAUUAUUUUGUCGAGGUGAGGGUCUGCCUGCGGCCGCUGGUUGUACCAGCCACCUAGAACCUCUCUCUCUAGGGGGACUCUACCACGGGAUGCCAGUUGCUGGGGAGCAGCAUUCGACGGGGCAGAAUUGCCUCCGUGUCCUGCAGGGGGCUUCGUGGAGGCCUGUGACUGGCUGCAGUGAAAAGAGGGUUUCUGGGCUAGAUUCCCCUGCCUUGGUCCGACCCAACAGGGCUGUUCUUGUGACCCAGAGGACAGGACAGGCCUGGAGGUUUUAUAUAUUCCACGUUUCAUUCUGCAUGGCACUGCUUGGUUCAGCGGAUGGUUGGUUAGCCUGGGGGGAAAGGCCAGAUAUAAUUCUUAACAAAUACAUUGUGCCCCAGGAAAGGCCAAACUCUGUGAACCAGCUACCGUAUUUUCUUGUGUAUAACAAGCUCCCGUGUAUAAGACACCCCCUGUUUUGGAGGACUCAGAUUUAAAAAAAUAAAUUACCAUAUAGCAUAUAUUCAACACAAAAAACAGCGACAAUUUGUUGUUGGCAAAGGACAGCUGGACAUACAAAGGGCCCCAUUACCUUCAGUAGCUUAGGGCCUCAUCAAACCUAAAUCCAGCCCUGGGUAAGGGCCACAGCCAUCAUUCUGCCACUUUAACCUCUAGCUCCGCAAACCAGGGGCAUUAUGCCCCCAGUAGACUGCCCACUAGGCAAUGCAGCCUUCAGGCUGGGAAAGUUUCCUCAGCCUUCUGUAAAUAUUACUGUAUUGGCCUGAAUAUAAGCCACACUAUUUUCGCAAAUUCCGACCGUGAAAAGUUAAAAGUGCAGCUUAAAUUUGCAAACUUACAAAAAUUGGCUUUUACAAUAUCGCUGCUGAAACAGACAUACGGUAAAAUGGAACCCAAAAAAACGUUUUAUUGUCGAUUUGCGAGUUUAAGACUGUUUAUCCCACUUUCGGGUCCUCUCUGGUACCUGUAGGAUUUGUUGUUGACAAAAGACAGCUAGGCAUAUAAAGGGCCCCAUUACCUUCAGUAGCUUAGGGCCUCACCAAACCUAUAUCUGGCCUGCCCACCAGAUGUGCCCCAGCUCACAAUUUCUUCUCUUUCUAGGGUUUGUAUGAUAUGCACAUCCAGCUUCAGAGUGUUCCCUUCCUGCACUGGGAAGCCCCUGUCACAUCCCACUCGUUUACCGCCAGGUAAGCUGACAGGAUCAGGCCGCAGCAGGGUUUGUACGGGUUCUCAGUGUAUCGAAAAACCCGAAAGUGCUGCUGGUGGUAUUACUGUUCUUAAAUAUAUCAUCCCACCCUACACCAGCAGCGGGGUUGCAGCGUUUUAAAAUCCAGCGUUGAAACAAAUAACAAAUCAAGUCCCGAAAGCACACAACCCAAAUCUGACCCUGACAAAUUCAGGGAGACCUCAUUCUUUGUAUGUUUUAAUCUGGGAAGUUGCCUUAUACCAAGUGAGAACAUUGGAGCAUUAAACUCACUGAGCUUACAGGUGGGGGGUGUUUUCCCAUCCCUGCCUGGGGAUGCUGGGAACUGAACCUAGGACCUUAUGAGUGCAAGGCAUGAGCUCUAAGACCUUCCUGCAACAGCAAAGCAAGAUGCUAGUCCCCAUGACAAUGAACAAAGGGGCUUGUUUAAAGAGGGAGUGUAGGGGGCCGAGUCAAAAGGCCAGGGUAACAGAUCUGUGUCUUCAGCAUUAUCCAAAAGCUGUGUACCGGAGAAGCCAGGUGCUCCUCUUUGUGUGUGGAAGGAAAUUCCACAACGAAGGGGGCCACCACAGAGAAGGCCCCGCAGUCCACACUCCUCCCCUCUGUGGGCUUUUAAUGUGAUCUCUGUGUGUUGUUUCAUUUUUUCCCCCUCUGCAGAGAAGUGAUGAGCACCCCGGUGACCUCCCUCCGAAGGAUUGAGAAAGUGGGCGUCAUUGUGGACAUCCUCAGCGAUACGUCGUCCAACCACAACGGGUUCCCUGUGGUGGAGAGCAUUCCAGGCAGCGAUCAGGUAGGACGGCGGGAACUGACUUGGAUGCCUUGAUGCUCGGAACCCUGUUUCUUGGAGAAAAAGUUAGGAAAGGGCCAUUCCUCAGCAGAGGGCACCUGAUUCUCACGUAGAUCGUCCCAGGUCCAAUCUCCAGGUAGGGCUGGAAAAAAAACCCACUUUGACACCUUUGGAAGGCCAUUGCUGCCUGCCAGUGUUGACAGUAUUGGGCUAGAUGGAGCAAAGGUCCUGCUAAGGCAGCCUCCUGCUUUUUUUAAGGCCCAUUUGUAGAACUUGAGUAAAAUGCGUACGUGUGUUCAUAAGAUAUAUUAGGCAUUGUCUUAUUUAUUACAUAUAUGCACUGCCAUUGGCGCUGUGGGUUAAACCGCAGAGCCUAGGACUUGCCGAUCAGAAGGUCGGCGGUUCGAAUCCCCGUGACGGUGUGAGCUCCCGUUGCUCGGUCCCUGCUCCUGCCAACCUAGCAGUUCGAAAGCACGUCAGUGUGCAAGUAGGGAAGGUGAAUGGCGUUUCCGUGCACUGCUCUGGUUCGCCAGAAGCAGCUUAGUCAUGCUGGCCACAUGACCCAGAAGCUGUACACCGGCUCCCUCGGCCAGUAAAGCGAGAUGAGCGCCGCAACCCCAGAGACGGUCAUGACUGGACCUAAUGGUCAGGGGUCCCUUUACCUUUACCUUUUAUUGUCUCCCAAGGAGCUCAGUUCCGCGUUUUAAUCUCCCAGCAGUCCUGUGUGGUAGGUUAGGCUGAGAGAUAGUGACUGGCCCAAGGUCACACACGCAGUGAGCUUCAUGGCUGGUUUCGAACCCUGGUCUCCCAGGUCGUAGUGUAUUACUCUAACCUCUGCACUACACUGCCUUGCGAAAACAAGCCCCUUCUUUUAGUAUCUGUCUUGCGCGCCCACCAGGGCAAGGUAAUGACUCUUCAAUUUUUUGAGGCACAGGCGGGGUUUGAACCCGUGAUCUUCGAUUUACCAGAUUGAUGCCUUACCACUUGCCCAUCACUUGUACAGCGUACUUGCAGGUUUAUAAUUUUGAGCGAAGAAAACCGCAAAAUGACAACAAACUAAUUCUGAAAUAAGCUCCAGGGGAAACAAUAGCAGCAGCCCAGAUGUUUAAAUGCCUGUCUGUCCUUCCUGGUGUCUAAAAUCAUGGGGAAAGGAUGGGUGGGGAAUUGUUGGGGCCAAGAGAGUUCUACACAAGAGGCACCCCAAUGACAGCCUCUCUCCUUGCAGGCAGCGGGACUGCGAGGCCUGAUCCUGCGCUCCCAGCUGAUUGUCCUCCUGAAGCACAAGGUGAGGGCCACAGCUCAGUCACAGAGCAUCUCCUCUGGCACAUUUCAGUUUCUUUUGCUGUUAAUUUUAAUGUUUUUAAUGACUAUUACCGAUAAUUUGAAUAUAUCUCGGAAGCCGCUUGGAGUUCUUCCCUAUAAUCAAGGGGUAUAUAAAUUUGGUUAAAUAAAAACAAAGAAAGCACCGCAGGGAAUGGGGAACCUGCGUCCCAAUCCAGAUGUUGUUGGACUACAAUUCCCAUCAGCCCCAGCCAGCGUGGUCAGGAUAAUGGGCGUUGUAGUCCAGCAACAUCUGGAUUGGGGCACAGGUUCCCCCCUCCUUCUCUGCUGCCAGACCGGUCGGAUUCUCUGGGUUGUAUGCAACUUAAAGUCACUGUGCCAGUAAAACGACUUCUGCUUGUGGCGGUGGAGCUGCCCCUCCUUUUCCUCUGCACACCCCUGAACCCAUCUACUCUUGGGGUUCCCCCAACCCUCCAGAACAGAUUGGGGGGGUGAUGUGAGAAGGCAGAAGGGAGUAUCCAGUGUGCAAACAGAAGUCACAAGAACAUAAGGCAGUCUUUCUCAACCUGUGGGUCCCCAGAUGUUGUUGAACUACAACUCCCAUCUCCCCUAGCUAGCAAGGCCAGAGCUCAGGGAUGAUGGGAGUUGUAGUCCAACAACAUCUGGGGGCCCACAGGUUGAGAACCGCUGACAUAUGGGGAGCCCUGUGGAUCUGGCCCAAGAGCUCACCUAGUCCAGCAUCCUGUUCUUGCUGUGGUCGACGAGAUGCCUGUGGGAAACCCCCAGGCACAAGAGCCCUCUCUCCUCCUGCGGUUCCCAGCAAGCAAUAUUUAGAAGAAUUGCCGCCUCUGAUUAUGGAAACAGAGCAUAGCAAUGAUGGGCAGAAGACUUCCGUGGAUUUGCCCAGUUUGUUCUUGUUCUUAUGUACAGUGGUGCCCCCGCAAGACGAAAAACUCGCUAGACGAAAGGGUUUUGCGUUUUUUGAGUCGUUCCGCAAGACGAAUUUCCCUAUGGGCUUGCUUCGCAAGACGAAACGUUUGUUUCCUUUUUCUUAAAGCCGCUAAGCCGUUAAUAGCCGUGCUUCGCAAGACGAAAAAACCGCAAGACGAAGAGACUCGCGGAACAGAUUAAUUUCGUCUUGCGAGGCACCACUGUGUUUUGGGUGUUUUUAUCCUUCCUUUUUCUGGAGUUCACAGCCCCAAGAUCUAUGGAUGAAGGACGGUAUGCAAGUUUAAAUAAUAAUAAUAAUAAUAAUAAUAAACCCAUCCAGCUUGGUGGCCAUCACUGUCUCCCUGCGGGAGAGAGUCCCGUAGCUGUAACAACAACAAACAACAACAAAUUUAUUAAAAUUGUAUACCACCCAUUAUCCGUAGAUCUCGGGGCAGUUCACAACAUAAAAUCGCAAUAUACAAAAACACAAAAUGCAUAAUAAAAAAGACCAAAAACAAACAGAUAAGCCCCCCUCCCCUCCCGCAACACAUUGACAUCCGAUGCCCCUUUUUAAAUCAGCCCGAGGCCUGGUUGAAGAGGAACGUUUUCGUCCAAUCCAGCAUUUGGUUUCAAGUCACGGUGCAGUUGGAGUCAACCCUCUCUGCGGGAUGGGAGGGUCCCCCAGGCAGCAGGAGGACUUGGGGGAACCCCAGGGAAGAGGGCAGCAAGCAGGGACUAGCGGGCAUCCCCAUCCGUUUGCCCCGUGCCCCACCACCACCAUGCCUGACCCCUUUUAGGUCUUUGUGGAGAGAGCCAACCUGUCCCUGGUGCAGCGGCGGCUGAAGCUGAAGGACUUCCGGGACGCUUACCCCCGCUUCCCCCCCAUCCAGUCGAUCCACGUCUCCCAGGACGAGCGCGAGUGCAUGAUGGACCUGACCGAAUUCAUGAACCCCUCGCCUUACACUGUGCCCUUGGUAGGACCGGGUUGGGGGCGGCAACGUCUGUUGCUUUGAAGGCAUUUCGAACGAGGGAUGCUUCUGGUGACGAGGGCUUCCUCGUCCCUUAACAGCAUCCUGGGUUGUUUUCGUUUUACUGGGGUGGAGGGGGGAAACUCAUUGCCUUUCUCUUGUCUAAUAUAAUUUCCCUGGUUUGCAGGAAGCCACCCUAACGAGGGUUUACAAGUUGUUCCGGGCCUUGGGCUUGCGCCACCUCGUGGUGGUGGAUAAUCAUAACCAGGUGAGUCAAGGCUGGAAGAAACAUCUUGCUCAAGAUGGCAGGAUCUCUCAAGGAAGUGGUCUUGCAGCCCAAUGUCCAUGGCUGGACAGAGGAGGAAUGGUGGGGGCCGCCCGCCUCUUCUCCUGAACCUUCCCAAGAACAGGAGGACAGUGUAGAUUUAGAACAGUGGUUUGCAGAAGGGCAUAGUUCAGAGGCUGCAGAGGGGAGAAGCUGGGAAAUACUGGGAGGGGAACAGCAGGAAGAAGAAGAAACAGCAGGGGAGAGGAAGCUGACAGACUCAUUGUCCUUGGAGAGCAUUCCUGACCCCCCCCCCAGGACCAGGCGGGCAUUGAGGGUAGGAGAACAGAAGGCUCAGAGGCAGAAAGCUCAGAUUAGCCGUCACAGGGAUGACGUAGAAUAGGAGAGAUGGAGGGGGUGGGACUUUGUUCGGAGCAACGCCGUUAUUUUGGGAGGCUGCAUUCCUUUGUAUCUCUCUGUGAACUGUGGAAUAAAUUACUUGGUAAGAACUCCUCUUGUUUAUCUCCUUGCUGGCUGCCACCGGGGGGGGGGGGAAUCAGAUUCCCUGAAGCCUGACACCCAGUGGCAGAGCUCACCUUUUGCAUGGGGAGGGUCCCAGGUUUGAGUCCCUGUAUCUCCAGGGACGCGGGUGGCGCUGUGGGUUAAACCACAGAGCCUAGGACUUGCCAGUCAGAAGGUCGGUGGUUCGAAUCCCCACGACGGGGUGAGCUCCCGUUGCUCUCGGUCCCUGCUCCUGCCAACCUAGCAGCUCGAAAGCACGUCAGAGUGCAAGUAGGUAAAUAGGUACCACUCCGGCGGCAAGGUAAACGGCGUUUCCGUGCGCUGCUCUGGUUCGCCAGAAGCGGCUUAAUCAUGCUUCUAAAUAAAGUCGGCCAAUAAAGCGAGAUGAGCGCCGCAACCCCAGAGUCAGCCACGACUGGACCUAACGGUCAGGAGUCCCUUUACCUUUUUAUCUCCAGGUAGGGUUGGGGAAUACCCUCUCCGCUGGGGAUCCUGGACAGCUGGGCUAGAUAGGCCAGUAGUCUGACCCAGGUUUUAAUGUAGCUUUUUGUCUUCUUUACGUUUUUUACUUUAUUAUUAUUAUUAUUAUUAUUUCCUAAUGAAUUAUUUGUUUCAUUUUCCCCCACCUUUUAUCAGAACCAGAAUUUGAGGCAAUUCACAGAAGUUUAAAACAAACACAAAUAGAAUCUUAGCAACGUAGAGUUGGAAGGGAGCCCCAUACAGGCCCUCUAGUCCAGCCCCCGUGCAGUGCAGGAGGACCAGUAUGAGGAUCGAACCCACGACCUUGGCAUGAUCAUCGCCACGCUCUAACCAAGUGAUCUGGGCAGCUAGCUAAGCACAUAAAACACAUAUAAACAUAGAAAAGAUAAUGGCUAAAGGGUAAACUGUAAUGGAAUGUAAAUGCAAAUCUAUUAAAACACUGAUAGCAGAAACAGACAGACAAAUGAAAAGCCCUUUCCUAAAAGGCAGUCAGUUCCCAAAAGCCUGUUGGAAUAACAGUCUUCACCUGCCAGGGGAAAGACAGCAAGGAGGGAGACAGUCUAGCUCAUGGGUAGGCAAACUAAGGCCCGGGGGCCAGAUCCGGCCCAGCCGCCUUCUAAAUCCGGCCUGCGGACAGUCCUGGAAUCAGCGUGUUUUUACAUGAGUAGAAUGUGUCCUUUUAUUUAAAAUGCAUCUCUGGGUUAUUUGUAGCGCAUAGGAAUUCAUUCAUUCCUCUCCCCCCCAAAUAUAGUCUGCUCUCCCCCCCCCCAAAGAUCUGAGGGACAGUGGACCGGCCCUUCUGAAAAAGUUUGCUGACGCCUGGUCUAGCUUCUCUAGGGAGGGAGUUCCAAAGUCUGGGAGCAGACUCCCAUCAGCCUCAGCAAGCACAAUCACCUGUCAGGGAGAAUGUGAGUCCAGCAGCUUCUGAAGCACCUCCACGUUUGGGUACCUCUGGGCUAGAAGCACCACUUAGGUGGCGCUGUGGUCUAAACCACUGAGCCUCUUGGGCUUGCCAAUCAGAAUGUCGGUAGUUCGAAUCCGUGUGACUCUGGUGAGCUCACUUUGCUCUGUCCCAGCUCCUGCCAACCUAGCAGUUCGAAAGCACACCAGUGCAAGUAGAUAAAUAGGCACCGCUGUGGCGGGAAGGUAAACGGUGUUUCCGUGUGCUCUGGUUUUGAUCACAGUGUCCCAGAAGCGGCUUAGUCCUGCUGGCCACAUGACCUGGAAAAAACUGUCUGUGGACAAACGCCGGCUCCCUCGGCCUGAAAGCGAGAUGAGCGCCGCAACCCCAUAGUCGCCUUUGACUGGACUUAAUCGUCCAGGGGUCCCUUACCCUUUUACCUAGAAGCACCUCUGCCCAGGGCCUGGUUCUGCCGCUCCAGAGUGACCUGAUCUUCUGCCUUUCUCUCCCUGCAGGUGGUUGGUCUGGUCACACGGAAGGAUCUGGCCCGAUACCGCCUGGGGAAGGAAGGCUUGGAGGAGCUGCCCCUGGCGCAGACGUGACUUUGCCGCUGGGUGCUGCGGACCUUGCUGUGCACCAGGCUCUCGCCAGCCUCCUGGCGCCGUUGCCCUUGGGAGACCGCGGACGUGAAGCCAAACCCCGAAACGCCCGGCGUGUGGAGUCCCGCACUUCUCUGUGUCCCCGGCCUCUCCUCCUCGCCAUUCUCCUCUUUCUUCAGCCUUGUGCUUCUCUCACCAUCCUGACCUUAGGUUCUCCGCACGGGACUGCAGAUAGGCUCUGUACAACUGCUUUGGGGUCCCCCGGGGCUUCAGGAGGGGCGUCCCCCACAAUUGGAGAGAGGCAGCUGCCUGGGAGUCCCUGUCUCUGUUACAGACCUGGGCUGGGAGGGGUGUGUGUGUGUGUCCAUUUCUGACCAAGCUUUUUUCCUCUGGCCUAGCUCUUGCCAAAUGUGCCUUCCAAGACUCGCUACCCCCCCCACCCCUUUUGUCAAUCCUGCUGUGCAAAAAAUGCUCUGAGCAAUGCUGGACUGGAGACCCUGGCUGGCAUUUCCUGGGAACAGUCGCAACGCACCUCCCAUAUAGCUCAACGUUGCCGUUUUUAACUUGUGUGUAAAGCAAGGGAGCGGGGACUGAACUGUGGUCCUCCUCCAGAUUGCUGCUGGACACCCCCAUCUCUGUGGCCAGUAAUCAGGGCUGGUGGACUCAACAAGAAUCUGCUUAGCCGCCCCUGAUUUAACGUUACCAGAAUUGGGCAGCGCGAGGGUGGCAUUUUCCCAAUCCAGCCACUGCGCCAAGAGCUCAUCACCCAGCAGUGAAACUCUGGCAACUGGUUCAACACUCAACAGUGUCCCAGCCCUGCUCCCUUACCCUUAGAUCUCUCUUCCUCCCAAAUCCUUCACACCCCCUCUAGCUUCCCCAGCUCCAGGCUGAGAUUGUGGGGAGCCCUCGUGGCGCAGCUGUGAAGAGCUUGCGCCGCUGGGCUUGUGUACAGCCCCUUGUCCUCACCUGCCACUCCCAGGCGGAGAGUCUUCCUGAUAGGUUCAGAGGUUCUUUCUCUCUCCCCCCGCCCUUUACAAACAGCAGCCUGCCUUCGUUCAUGGUUGUUUGGAUCCAUUUUCUCUCCCCCACCCCACUCCCUAAUUCUCACACUGCCUUGUGCCUGUUUGCAUUUUUAGCUGGCGGUAGGGAAGAUUAUAGUGGAAGCCAGUCCGGUAGGGCAAAUUGGGCGCCGCCCCGCCAAUAUCAGCCUGCAACCCCCCUGGGGAAAAACAAAACCCUGCCUGCCUUCUUACAAGCAAUCCUGUCUGUGUUAGCUUCCUCCUCUAUGCUCAGCUGGAAGACUUAGCUAGAAAUAGCUGGCUCUACCUGGCUCUGGCCUUGGCGCCACCUACUGUUGGGCUCCCUGCCUUUUGCCCAUUGGGCUCCACUGCAGAAGAGAAGUAGAGCCCAAGCAGCUUAUGGGCAGGAAGGGCAGGUGAGCUGGGCAGGUGGCGUUUUGGCAAGAAGCACCCAGUUUAACAAGGUGCCGGACCAAACCAAUGUGCCCACUUCAACCUGAAGCAGCCUGUCUCGCCCCCAAGGACUGGGGCCUCAUCUUUUCAGCAUCUGUGUACAUCUGGGCAUGCUUGCCCAGAGCUUCUAAUAGCCUAGGGAGGGAGGAAAGGAAUGCAGGGAGGAUUUAGCAAAGGGCAAAUGGGCCUCCCUAAGCUUACAGCAAGGUUUUCUCUGUUUUGGACUACAACUCCCAUCAUCCCUAGCUAGCAGGACCAGUGGUCGAGGAUGAUGGGAAUUGUAGUCCAAAACCAGCUGGAGAAACCCUGGCUUUACAGCAGGCAUAGGCAAACUCCGGCCCUCCAGAUGUUUUGGAACUACAAUCCCCAUCACCCCAGCUAACAGGACCAGUGUCAGGGAUGAUGGGAAUUGUAGUCUCAAAACAUCUGGAGGGCCGGAGUUUGCCUAUGCCUGCUUUACAGGCUUGGUGUGAGGGGUGUUGGCAGCCAGCAAGCCCAUUUCCUGACUCCUGGUCCUUCCCCACAUCUGGCAGACACCUGUCUCCUCUGCUGUUUUCUAUCACGUGGAACACCUGGUGGAAGAGUUCUCUUUUUUGUGCUGAAAUUAAAAAGGAAACUAUUUAUA